CCAGUAACAGGUCACGUCAGCACCUUCGGGCUUUUGCUCUUCCCCUGCUUAGCGCCGGAGCCUGACCAAGGCCACUAGCAUUGCCUCUGGCAGGAAAGCAACUGCCCUCCCAUCCUGGGCCGACUGGGGAGGGGCCAGGCUUCUCUGAAGGGGACGAAAGUCCUUCUUGGUGUGAAUGGCCUUUUAGGGAACAGAGGGAGGGCCCGCGGUGACAUCACAGUCUCCAGUCCCGAGGCUCCUAAGGAAUUUGUCCCGGCUGAGCCAGUGCGAACGCUGGAAUCUGUCUGGAGAAAGAGGCGAUUCUGACUGCGGACUCCGAGAAAACCCCCCAGCUUUCCGACGAUGCUAACCAGCUGAGAAGCAAGCAAGACAACUGUGGUGACAGUCGCCUGGAGCCUGCCGCCAGCUCUCUCUCCCCAGAUCACAAAAACAUGGAAAUUGGGGUGUCCGUGGCAGAAUGUAAAAGUGUACCUGGAAUCACCUCUACCCCCCAUUCCAAGGACCACUCCUCCCCUUUCUAUCCUCCCUCACACAAUGGCCUCCUCACUGAUCACCACGAGUCUUUAGAUAAUGAUGUCGCCAGAGAAAUCCAAUACCUAGAUGAGGUGCUGGAGGCCAACUGCUGUGAUUCCUCUGUGGAUGGAACUUACAACGGAAUCUCUUCCCCAGAGCCUGGUGCAGCCAUACUGGUAAGCAGCCUUGGCUCACCUGCCCACCCAGCCACCAAGGUAGAACCCAUUGAGAAAGCAUCCGGUAGGCAGCUGCCUCCUCACAUCGAACUCAGUAGAAGCCCUUCUGACAGCAUGGCCGAAGGAGAAAGAGCCAAUGGACACUCCACUGACCAGCCCCAAGACAUGCUGGGGAAUAGCCUGCAGGCUCCUGCCAGCCCCAGUUCCUCUACCAGCUCCCACUGCUCCUCCCGAGAUGGAGAGUUCACACUCACCACACUGAAGAAGGAGGCCAAGUUUGAGCUGCGUGCCUUCCACGAGGACAAGAAGCCUUCCAAGCUCUUUGAGGAGGACGAGCACGAGAAGGAGCAGUUCUGCAUUCGGAAAGUGAGGCCCUCUGAGGAGAUGAUAGAGCUGGAGAAGGAGCGGAGGGAGCUCAUUCGGAGCCAGGCUGUGAAGAAGAAUCCUGGCAUCGCUGCCAAGUGGUGGAAUCCUCCCCAGGAAAAAACUAUUGAGGAACAGCUGGACGAGGAACAUCUGGAGUCACACAGAAAGUACAAGGAGCGCAAAGAGAAAAGGGCACAGCAGGAACAGCUACAGUUACAACAGCAGCAGCAGCAGCUACAACAGUUGCAACAGUUGCAGCAGCAGCAACAGCAGCAGCUGUCCACCUCUCAGCUCUGCACAGCCCCAGCUGCUCAUGAACACCUAGAUAGCAUUGAACACACAAAGGAGGAUGUCGUCACUGAGCAGAUUGAUUUCUCAGCUGCACGCAAGCAGUUCCAGCGGAUGGAGAAUUCCAGGCAAACACUGGCCAAGGGCCAGAGCACACCUAGGCUGUUCUCCAUCAAGCCUUUCUACAAACCUCUUGGAUCCAUCAACUCGGACAAGCCACCGACCAUCUUGCGACCAGCUACUAUCGGGGGAACUGUGGAAGACAGCAGCACACAGGCAGCUAAGGAGCAGAAAGCUCUCUGUGUAUCUGAGAGCCAGUCUGCAGGAGCAGGAACAGGUAAUGCUGCCACUCAGGGAAAGGAAGGGCCAUACAGUGAGCCUUCCAAACGCGGGCCCUUAUCCAAACUGUGGGCAGAGGAUGGAGAGUUCACAAGUGCCCGGGCCGUCCUUACUGUAGUCAAAGAUGAAGAUCAUGGGAUUUUGGACCAGUUUUCAAGAUCGGUCAAUGUCUCUUUGACCCAGGAGGAGCUGGACUCAGGUUUGGAUGAGUUGUCAGUGAGGUCCCAGGACACCACUGUCCUGGAGACUUUGUCCAAUGACUUCAGCAUGGACAACAUAAGUGACAGUGGAGCUUCUAAUGAGACACCCAAUGCCCUUCAGGAAAACUCUCUGGCUGAUUUCUCCCUGCCUCAGACUCCCCAAACAGACAACCCCUCAGAGGGCCGAGAAGGCGUCUCCAAGUCCUUCAGUGACCAUGGUUUCUAUUCUCCAUCCUCCACACUGGGAGAUUCCCCAUCUGUUGAUGACCCCUUGGAAUAUCAGGCUGGGCUCCUGGUGCAGAAUGCCAUUCAACAAGCCAUAGCCGAGCAGGUGGAUAAGGCUGAGGUGCACACCAGCAAAGAGGGAUCCGCACAGCAGGAACCUGGAGCAAUGGUAGAGGAAGCUGGAAGCCAGGCUCCUGGCUCUGAGAAGCCCCAGGGCAUGUUUGCACCACCUCAGGUGUCCUCUCCCGUUCAAGAGAAAAGGGAUGUAUUACCAAAGAUCCUCCCCGUGGAGGACAAGACACUCAGGGAAAAGGGACCCUCCCAGCCACCCACAGCUGUGCAGCCCAGCGGUCCAGUCAACAUGGAAGAGACCAGGCCUGAAGGAGGGUACUUCAGCAAAUACUCAGAGGCAGCCGAGCUGAGAAGCACAGCCUCCCUUCUGGCUACUCAAGAGUCUGAUGUCAUGGUUGGGCCCUUCAAACUGAGGUCAAGGAAGCAGCGGACUUUGUCCAUGAUUGAAGAAGAGAUCCGGGCAGCCCAGGAAAGGGAAGAGGAGCUAAAGCGGCAGAGACAAGUGAGGCAAAGCACCCCAAGCCCCAGGGCUCAGAACGCCCCAUCGCUGCCUUCCAGAAACACCUGCUACAAAACUGCUCCAGGGAAAAUAGAGAAAGUCAAACCUCCUCCAUCCCCCACAACUGAAGGUCCCAGCUUGCAGCCUGACUUAGCCCCUGAAGAGGCUGCCGGAGCCCAGCGGCCCAAGAACCUGAUGCAGACCCUCAUGGAAGACUAUGAGACACACAAAUCUAAAAGGCGCGAGAGAAUGGAUGAUAGUAGUUACACCUCUAAGUUACUGUCUUGCAAGGUGACUUCCGAGGUCCUGGAGGCCACACGGGUUAAUCGAAGGAAGAGUGCUCUGGCCUUGCGCUGGGAGGCAGGGAUUUAUGCCAACCAGGAGGAGGAGGACAAUGAAUAAACUUCCUUCAGCCCAGGAAACUCCUUGGCCGAAGGAGUUUCCGCAAAGAAACCAAGAAAUUAUUGAAUCAGAUGCAUUUUAAUAGACUACUUAUUAAAGUGCAUACAAACUCAACAACCCUCAUGUAGACCAGAAACUGCAAUACACGAUGAUAAGAAAACAAAACGAAACACAAAAAAGCAAAGCGAAGCGAACAGGAAGUUCACCCAUCAAACUCUGAGACGGGGCAGAGGACAAAGGAUGUCUUUGUGACUCAAAGAAAGCCUUGGCUUUGGACCAUUCCACAACUGAUCCAAAGGGACACAGACGGGACAAGCGAGUCCACGGAGUCGCUGCAGGCAGAACUGAAGCCAGCCCCGGCUGGGCGUUACGGAGGAGCAAACAGGCCAUUCCAAGGCAACCAACAGGCCCCAGGCUGGUGCAGCCUACAGCACACAGGCUACCCCUCCACCAGCUUCCCACCCCUUUCUCCGUCAAGGCAUCAGAAGUGUUGGGUUGACUCCAUUUUCUCCAGCAGCCAUAAAAACAAAUGGUGUUCCUUUCCAUAGUUGCCCCAAAAGGAGGCAACGAGGAUUCGAUCUCUCUUAUAUGUAAUCAUUUGAAAUUGGGAGCACCUAAUGGUCACAAUAUAUAUAAAGUCUGUAUUUUUAAGGCAAUAUCUCUUCACGUUGCAGACGCAAUCUAUCCUACAGCAGGAGGUUGAGGACGGUGGGGGAGAGAGCCAAACCAAAAGGGUUAUUAGCUUUAGGACCUUGUCUGCUUUUAUUGUUGACUGAUCAGUUUAGGGAAACACACUUUCACGGUUACGUUUCUUCAUAUGAAAAGUAUAUUUAGUGAGCAAUGACUAUUUUUAUGAUGGGAUGGGGGAACAGGGACACGGGAUAAAACCUGUACACAUUUGAACGGCUUGGUUCAAGAUGGUAGGGGUAUUUUUAGAAUGGCAAUAAUUGAAAAUAAAAGGGGGCAGACUCUGCCUUCAGGAAGGUAGAUGACCAGAAAUAAGGUGUUUGUAACUAUUUUCUAUUUUAAAGUGGGCCUUAGAGGUGGCUGUGGCAUAGGAUGAGCUGUUUUGGAUCUGAGAAAGGCAACCUUAAACGCAUGGAGAUAGGAAGAGAAAGGGGCGAGAGAGACAAAGAAUGGGAAAGGAAGGAAGGAAGGGAGAUUAUUUUUGCUGAACAACCAGUGUUUUCCAGGACGACAGAGAGAAAAAUAUAGCAUAGAAAUUUAAGUACACGUGUGGAAUCAGCUACAAAUCCUAAAGAUGGUGUGUAUGCCUUUGUGUGCUUGUAUAAAGCAUGUAUGUUGGUGAGUAAAUGUAUGCCAGCGUGGGGUGUGUGUGUGUGUGUGUGUGUGUGUGUGUGUGUGUGGUGUGUUGACCAUGACACGUGGGUGGACAGUAUUUCCUCUGUAGCUGCCUGUCAGGAGUGAGUGACAGUUUUCUUUUUUUAUGAAAAGGCACAGGGAAGACACAGGGCUGAUGCAGUAUUCCUGAUGUUAAGCUGACUGAACUAUGGCAUUUGCAUGAGUGACAGUCGUGAAGUUUCCAGCAGUUUUUUAUUGAUAAUUUGACAUUUAGUACACACCCUAUUUAUUCUCAUGCUUUCUGUCCGUGCCUCGUGCACCACAGAGGACGCCGGCUUCAUUCUUUCUGUCAUUUCAAGCAAUAUGAUAAGGACGUUCACUAAUCGGGUGCCCCGAGUUUCUGAAUGAGAAAAUGUUUCAUUUCUGGCCAGGAAGGGGAGGCGGGAGGAGGGGGAGAAGGCACGGAAGGGGAAGGAGGGAGAAAAAGAAGAACUAACCAGCCUUCAUUAUUUUUCCUUUAUUUUUAAGCUAUUUCUUACAAGCAAUAAUUAAAUCAUACCUUGAUAAAAUUCAUUUUUGUUUUUAUGUUAUUAUGUUAUAAGAUCUAAUAUGUUAUUCUAAUGAGUAGCGACUCCACAAUAUUUAUAUGCACACUCCACACACUAUCUUGGCUUUUUUUGUUGUUGUUGUUGUUUUGUUUUCUUUAAAUUAGGCUAGUGUGACUUUAGGGAAAAAGCUUACUCACUAAUAAGUAGUGGGCACAAGGUAAAAAGAUGGAGUUGUCUCAUGGCUUAUAGGGAUGCUUAAAAACUACCAAGGGAACGUGUAACUCCAAGACAGAUUCUGCAGUCGCUAGCCAAAAUCGUACGCCUGAGGUGCACGCCGUCUUUAGAUGGUUCAUUCUUUUAGACAUAAUGUUAUUAAAAAUGCUAGCCACUGAGGACAGAAAGCAAAGGCAGAGAACUGUGCUGCAAGGAAUUUGCUCUUCAGUAAGGGAGGUGGGCCCAGAAGCAAAUGUUCCGGAACGGAACGUGACAUCCAUGCCAGAUUAGAAGUCCUGCUAGGUAGAUGGGCACACGGGAGAAGGAUCAUCUUUGUCUAAGGGCUUCCUGCUGGAGGCUGUUUACACGGUGAGAUGAAGGUUCCUUCCUUAGGGAAACACAGGAAUCAGGACUGGGGGGGGCGGGAGAAGAGGAGUAGCUGCAGUGUCCUGGGACCUCCGCCCCACUCUGGAGAGCAGGGUAGUACUGUGAGUGCUACAGAAAGCAAGCUCCUUCAUGAUUUCUGGUAUGUGCUAGCGACUGUGGAAGCAUCACAGACCAACUCGCCCAUUUUUCACAAAGGGAAACCGUCCCCAUGGCUUCCUUAAAUUUCUUGUCCUGUUUAGAAGGGAAAUGUGGACCCUCGUGGAGGCUACACUGAGGAAAGACUUGGCGGCCAGAGCCCACACACUCCAUGGAGUUCCUUCGGUGGCAGAUGAAGUGGUCUUUUGACUCUAGUAGAUUGGAUAGGAAGUUCGAACGCUGAGGGAUUAGGCUUGUCAGUAGGUGAGGAGACACAAGUCUCUUCCUGCUCACAGGGCUUUUAUCACUGGCCUCUCCAUUUCCAAGUUUUGCUGGUUUCCCUGAGCUGCCUCUAAAGACUGCCAUCUGUUUCCUUGCUCCCCUCGAUGACAGUUCUAGUGUAUUUUGUUAAGAUAGAAACCGCAUCUCCAUCAGAGAGAUGUGUUUUUUGUUCUGUGUUCUUUGGGGGAUUUUUUUAUUUGGGGGGUGGGGUGGUUUAUUCGUUUUCUCAUUCAGGAAACAUUUGAGCCAUUGCUUUGGACAUAUCACUGUGCUAGGCUCUAGGAUCCCACGUGGGCCCCUGUCACCUUCCCAGUAUGGAGCAGAUCCCUGGAGGAAAAGUCUUUUCUGCCCCAUAAGCCUGAGAUGAAGAGGCUCCUGGUUACUUUUGCCUCGGAUGCUCGGCUCUACCCUGCACCAGUACACAAGCUUGUUAGUCUCAGCUGUAAGAAAUGUUUAGCUUCUGUAGAUGUUAAAAACCUUCCUGAAGGAAUUCCACACUGCAGUGUUUAUACUCGCACUUCCCUCCAGAGCCUAUGACUUGACAGCCUUGGCUUUCUCAUCUAGAAAUGAGGGAUGCAGGGUCUGUCAUCUGUGGCAGAGGCUGGGCGGCACUUGGAUGACACAGUGCAUGUCCCUUCCUCUUACCCAUGCAUGCUGCCCACCCUAGGCAAUGGCAUAGAAACAGUAUAUAGAUCAGUGUCCACACACACACACAUAUACACAUACACACACACACACACACACACACACACACACACACACACACACACACACACACACACAACAAGGAACACCAAAACAGUGUUGAUUGUUGUGUUUAAAGACAUGUUUUUUUUUCACCUGAAGAAUGGACUUAAACUAUGUAUUGAAAAAAAAAAAUAGCCUAAGUGUUAGAGAUGGUGAAUGUAUCCAGUUUCAGUUACAAAGACGAUUUCCUGAAUUUUAAGCAUUCAGUGAGCUGCCAAUUUUGAUUUUGUGUUGCUCUUUAUCCAAAUGGCUUUUUCUUCUUUCUUCUUUUUAUAAAUUGGAGGAAGUGGGGGGGGGAGCAGCAAUAUUGUGUUUGACAAAUUAUACUCUGUACCUGGCUUUCCUGUGUUCUGUUAACCACCGAGAUGUUUCUAUUCCGCUUUGGUUUUAUAGUGUCUGUGAGGCACUCGAUGCAACCAUACAGUUAUUUUCUCAUUAAAACUCAGCGUGUGCAGUGUUU